AUGCCCAUUUCCACCAAGAACCAAAUCCCCUCCCUCAAGACGGCGCCGCAAAUCCCAUCUCGACGCGCUCUCGCUGGUCUCGCUGUCGUCACUGUGCUCUCGACGAUCGAGAAGCGGCGCAAGCAGCAAGAACAAGGCAAAGAAGGAGACAAACCACCCAUCCAAGUCGAAGACAUGUCGGGAGAGCUGCAGACCAUUCCCGCGCGCCACGGCGUUGCUACGUUCGUGCCGCGCGGCCGUACGAUCAAGGUCAUCAACACCUACGGCAAGCAGGUUGUCAGCAUGUGGGCAUUCACGCUAGGUGCGCCGCCCGAGGAUGGCGACGAGGAUGGCCCUGGUGCAGAGGAGAUUGAGAAGGCGGCGAAGGAAUUGCAGGAAGCUGCGGAGAAAGACGAGGGCCAGGGCGAGAAGCAGGAGAUUGAUGGUCCGGCAGAGGAAGAAUCGAGCGCGCAGAAAUCAUUGGGCCAGAACAAAGGGACCACGGAGCAGCUGGAGUCUAGCAGGGAGAAGGUGUCGGAAGAGAAACGCGGAGCCCCUUCUGAACAUGCACCCGAGACACCAGACAACGAGAAAGCCACCGAGGGGACAGCGAAGUCGAUCAAAGAUACGGCAGGGGCUACGGAGACGUCGGCAAAGCAGCCCUCCAAGCGCACUUGGGCGUCGUACCUGCCAUCGAUUCCAUACCGCUCAAAGGGCAAGGGAGACAAAGCAGAGAAGGCCGAAGCCGGAGCCGAACAAGAACCCAGCCCCGAAGAGCAGAAGGCACAGGACGAGGCCAACACCAAGAAGUGGUCCUCGUACAUGCCGACCGGAAAAGGCUUCUCAAGCUACAUGCCCAACGUAGAAGUACCUAGCAGGGAGGGCGUUGUGAGCGCGUUCAAGUCGAGCCACUACCGUGACCCGAACAAGAGCUAUGCAGAGCAGCUGUACGACUUCUCCAAGACGCCUGUCGGCGCGGGCACUAUCGCUGCUGCGACCGGGUCUGGCUAUGCAUCCUCCGUCUACGCCGUGUACAGCGCCUACGCGCAGACGCAUCCUUUGAGAGACGACCGCCCGCCCAUGGAGUACCUCUCGCUCCCUCACACGCGCGCAUCGUCGUACAAGCUCGUUCCCGAGGUUGACGACACCCUCCUGACGAACCUACGCAACCCCAUCGUGACGCUUGUCGAAGACACGUCCCCCGGCGCGCACGACACGUUGACAGCUGCAUGCGACGCCAACCUCUAUGCGUCGCUGGGCGUCGACAAGCCCGCCGAGCACGGCAGCUGCGCGGAGAACCUCGUCCUGGCGCUCAAGGAAUUGAACGAGAAUGCAGGGCUGAAGGGGGCAAAGGCAGUCGGUGCCGACAUCAGCGUCAACAUCGCACCCACGCCUCUCCACCUGUUCAUGGUCGCGCCCAUCGACGUGCGUUCCGAUGCAAAGACGGCCGAGGCCGGUGCCAAGGGUGCCAGACUUGCAGUGGAAGAGCCCAGGGGCAAGAAGAGAUGCUUUGUCCGCUUCAGGGCUGAGCGCGACGUUGUUGUCGUGUUCAGUGCUUGUCCGAAUGAAGUUGGCCCGCAGAAUGGCGGACGAUGCAUGGCUGCCAACUUUAUGGUUGAGGAUGCUGAGGCGGACGACCAGGCAUUGAAGAGUGGGAGUGAAAAGAAGAUUCAAGAGGCCACGCCUCAACGUGCCCAAGAGACAAAGACCGAGUCUGCACCUACCAAGGCCGAAGACAAGGCAGACGAAAAGGCAGACGACAAAGGAAGCGAGGAGAGGAGCGAUGCGGCAUGUGAAGAUUCACCGAAACCCAGGAAGAAGCCCAAGAAGUUGGAAGUGCGGUCCAAGCAGUGA